CCCUCACCGUGAUAAUAUCGAACUAAUCCUGGUAUACGAUAACAAUAAGUAUAAAUUCAUUUACCAUUACUAAUUUCAGAUAUAUAAAUUAGCAUACAUAUAAAAUCUUCUUUUCGUUUAAAAUGGAAAGUAUAUAGUUAGUUGAAAUACGUGCUAUGAUACCGUUGAUCACGAUGUCUACUGAUUUAAUGAACAUCGAUGGCAAUAUAAAAAGAGUACAAAAAGAAACUUUGACACCAUAUAAAAUAGCAACUGUCAUUUUGAUUAAAGAAUAUUGCAAUGAAACAACAAAAGCAAUUGUGGAAAGACGCGAUUUUUGUUUAGUCGCUUUGAAAUUGAUUCAAUCCCCUGACAUGGAUCUUAAUACACUUCUGAAUAUAUUACAUUCCCCUGAAUAUAUUUUACAUCGGUUUGCACAUCAUAUGGAAGUGCAAUUGAAUAUGUUAAGAGGAAAAGGGGUUGAAGGAUUAUUAGAUUUAUUUGAUAAUGUUGGACGUCUUAUGAAACCAACAUUGGAUCAUUCUCUUUCUUUACCUGCCCUAAAUAAAAAUUCUGUGCUUGGACUAUAUAUAAGAAGAGUUAUAAUCUUUUUUGAAAAAUUACCUUUUGAUCAAGUUGUAGCUCUUUAUGAAGCUUUGAAAAAAUAUUUGGAUAAAAGAAUUAAUACAUUUGAUGGUUCUGAUAUAUCUGCAGCUUCUAAAACAGAAGAUUCAUAUAUAAAUGAAAUUAAACCAACUUGGGGUGGAAGACAAGCUGAAUUACUUGUUGCACAACAAGCACAUACUAUACAAACAGAUGAACAUAAAGCGAUGUCUCCUGCAGAACUGCAAGUUCUUGUACGAGAACUUUUAAGUUGUAGUCCUUAUUACGCAGAAGCUCAUUAUUUAAGUUAUUUAAACUGUUUAAGGGUCAAUGAAUAUUGUGGAGCUAUAGAUAGUCUUUAUCACUGCUUUGAUAGAUUAGCACCUUUGGAAAACCGUUCUGCACCUGAAGAUAAAUCUCGCAUUUUCAGAUAUGCAGCUUUAAAUCUAGCAGUUUUACAUGCUCAAUUUAAUCAUAAGGAAGUAGCACAAGCUGCUUUGAAAGAAGCUAUCAUGAUGGCUCAAGAAGCUGGAGAUAAUGUCUGUUUACAAUUAGCACAUGCUUGGAUGUAUUAUUUAACUAUCAAACAAAAGGGACCAUUGAUAGAAAGGUCAGUUGGCAAGGCAAGUAUGUUAGGAAUAACUCACACAACUGGAUUAGGUCUUAUUGCAUAUGCUCAUAAUUCUGCUUUAGAAGCUAAGAGUCCAUCACAAGUGUUCGAGACUCUGAUGAAAUCCGAUGUCUUAAAUUGUCAACAUUCUAUGGUAGAUUUAAUGUCAAUGACAUAUGCCGAAAAAUCUGCAUUAUGGGCAUACUACGGUAAAACUGAGAUGUCUUCAGUUUGUGCUCAGUUAUUACUUUUACAUAAUACAGGGGAUAAAAAACAGCAUAUGUUUAAUGGACCAUCUACUUGCCAGGUUGUCAUUAAUAUCGCGAAUAUCUUAGUAGAAUUUGGAGAAUAUUUUUUGGUUGACAUCGUACUUGCUCAUGCUAAGGAGAGGUUUCCUAAUGAACCGUGUAAUAAGAUAUGGAAGUUAAGCGAGCAACUUUAUGUGUUUACGCAAUUAAUGAGACAAGAAAAGUGGAGUGAGGCUGAAGCAAUAGCGUCAAAUAUUUCAAGUUUAGAUCCUUUGGAAUCUAAAUUUAGGUUAGCGGAAGUUUGUUUGGAAAAAGGGGAUUAUCCAAAAGGUUUAGAAUGUAUCGACAGCAUUGGCAAAGAAGAGCAAUUAACACCUCAAAAUAAAAUAAGAACUAUGAUUUUAAUAAGUCAAAUAAUGUGCGCUUCUGUUUCACCAGAGAGUGGGAUUGUAGGAGUGAAUUCUUUGGUACUUCUAAAUACAGCUCUAGAACUUGCAGUAAAAAAUCAUUUAUCUUAUUAUAAAGCAUUAAUAAAAAUGCAUCUUGCAAACAUUCAGUUAAUAAUGGGUAUGCCAACUUUAGCACUAAACUUAGUAGAAGAAGCAAUUACACAAAUUUUAGCGCAUGGAGGGUAUUACGAUCAAGGUAGAGCGUUUGUUUUAUAUGCGAAAUGUUUAGUUGCUACUGCUCCAACAUGUGACAAGACGCGAAAGGAAGUAAUCUUAAAAGCUAUUAAAGCACUUUCAAAGGCGAAAAAUUAUUUUACAAAAGUCGAAGCAUAUGGAAGACUAAGAAUUACAUUGUGUUUAGAAUCUUUACUAUGUCACGAAAUCGAUCUUAAAACUGAACGAAAUCAAUGUGCUUUUGAAUUUCGCCAACUAGAUCAACAGCUUCUUACAAAAUUAAAUAAUUUGUCUUUAUAUUGAAAAUCAAAAUGCAGAAAAAGAAGAUAAGGAUAAAUAUGUAGAAUUGAAAAACUUCUUCAUUUGUAUUAAGAAACGAAACAUUCAAAUAUACAGUAUUUUCCUAAAAA